AUGGGUAAUGAUGGUGGCAGUAUUCCAACCCGCCGCGAGCUUGUUAAAGAAGCGGCCCGCGCACCGAGCACAGCGCAAGUAAAAGAGACUCAGCGCGAACAGCAAGAGCACUCCUGGACUUUUUGUCCGCUUUCACACAGGUCCUUGGCUCGACCGAUUGUCUCAGAUUGCGUCGGGAAUCUGUACAAUAAAGACGCCGUGCUCCAGUUCCUACUUCCAGGUGACGAUGGCGAGGGCAUCAGCUCCAAGGCUGACUGCGAGGAAAUUCUAUGCGGGCGCGUGAAGUCGCUCCGGGAUGUGAUUGAGCUCAAGUUCGAAGUCGACACCGAGCUCGAAGAACACCCAUCAGGUCGUGCCCAUGCGCCCCGUGAGCGCCGCGAGGGCUGGAUCUGCCCGAUCACCGCAAAGCCACUGGGCCCGAACGUGAAAUCUGUGUACCUAGUGCCAUGCGGGCAUGUGUUUUCGGAAGAAGCUAUUCGCCAACUCAAGGGUGACAAGUGCUUGCAGUGUAACGAACCCUAUACCGAAGAAAACGUCAUAUCAAUUCUCACCACAAAAGAAGCUGACAAGCAGCGGCUCAUUGCACGAGGACACAAACUUGCCGAGCAAGGCCUCACACACUCCCUCAAGAAGGCACCCGGCUCAAAGAAGCGCAAGAAGCAUGCUACGGAGAGUGCAGCUGAUGCUAGCUCGGAAGCUUCCAAACAAUCGUCCGACCCUAAAAGUAAGAGCAGCACUUCCACCGCGGUCGCGAAUAAUGCAUCAAGCAAUGGAAUCAAGAAUGCUGCCACUUCUUCGCUCACUGCCCGAGUGCUGGCGGAGGAGAACGAGAAAAAGAAGCGACGGAAGAUGAUGCGCGAAAACGAGAAUAUCAGCAGUCUAUUUUCUAAGAAGGAUGGAGCCGCCAAGGGUGCCGACUUCAUGACCCGGGGAUUCUCCAUCUCAUGA